UAAAGUGUACAGACAUCUAAUAAGUGGUAUCUGCAAAGCACCUGAGACAAUGGCACAUAAUAUUCAAGUGUUUACAAGGAUAGCAGUGAUUCUAAUGAUGCUGUUUUUUGUGAGCCUGCAUGGAGACUCAUAUCGACGCCCAACAAAAGUGACAACUAGAUGUUGCAAAUCCGUAUCUAAGGCUAGAAUUCCUUACACCAUAACUGGGUUCAACAGACAGAAUGCAUUGAAGCCUUGUGUGGAUGCAAUCAUAUUUUUCACUAAAGAGACAGGACCAAUAUGCUCUGAUCCAAAAGCCACAUGGAUAAAUAAAAGAAUAAAACAACUGAAUGAAACAACUUUGAACAGCAACGAAGACAAAUACUGAAAAAAGUUGUCACCCAUUUUUACAAAUAAUAGUAUACAUUUUUUCUAUUUUUCAAGCUAACUAAAAUAAUGCAUGUACUUUGUGUAAUAUUUCAAUAUGUACACACACACACACACACACACAUAUAUAUAUAUAUAUAUAUAUAUAUAUAUAUAUAUAUAUAUAUUCAAUAUUUAAAAGUCUGAAUAAUAAAGGAAAAUGCAAACAGCUUGCAUAAUCAAGUUAAAACAACCAUCACUUUCAUUACAGUUGAAGACAUAUCAUUCUAAACUUCAUUCAACAAUGCAUUAUAUCUUUUGUCAUCUCCAUUUUAACAUAUCUUACAGGUACCAGUGCAAUAUAUAACAUCUGUGAAAACGAUUAACCCUAGAAGAUCAGAAUAUCCACCCACCAAAUUUAGAAUGAACAAGACAACAAUUUAGAUAUUUACAUAAUGGUCUUUUAUUGUGUAAUUACACUUCCAGUAUUAGCAUCCAAAUCUUCGAACUUGCAACAGUAUAAAAGUAAAGGCAAAAAAAUGAACUACCAUCCCUAUGCAAUGUGUUUGCUAGAUGUAUUUGUGUAUGUGCACAUGUGUUUGUGUGCACCUAUUACAGGAGGUGGUUGCACCCCCAAGUGCAACAUGUAUAUUGCAGUUUCACAGAAUGUAUCUUACAGUUUAACUUAACUUUCCCUUUUUCCAAGGAAGAAUGAUUUUAUUGUUGUGGUAUAAAACCUAAACAUGUGCUAAUAAUCAUGGCUGCUUACUCUUUGACAAAACUACAUGAUAAAUGCAUAUAGCAAUUCCACUGUCAUAAUGUAGUUAGCAAUCCUAAUUGCUUUACAUGGCAUAUUUUCCUUCUACAGAGAUGCACAAUGCAGGUUCUAAUAAUAUUAGCUUCAGGUCCACAAAUGCACUCUAUUAUGCACUAAACUGUAUAAAGAAAGUCUUCAAUUACAUUUCCAGUCCACUAUUUGGAGGUAUCAGGAGGGCUAGGUUGCACACAACACUUGAACUUCUUACAUUGGCAUCAGUCCAUUCUCUAACUUCAUACUAAUUAGAUCAAAACUGUAGAAAGCUAGUUGUAUUGGAAACUGAGAUGGUGCCAAAAGACCUGCUGGAAACACAAUAUAUUUAGGUAAUGCCUCAUACAGUUUCUUUAAGAGUGGUAAGUAGAUUGUAGAUGUCACUCAUCCUUUUGUCAGAAAACAAAAUGCUGUCAAACAUAUUGAAACAAAAUCAGGAGAGGAAUGGACUAAUUUUCUGGAUUAAAAUUGAAAAAUGCUGGCAUAAAAGAUGAAAAUGAACUAUGUGUCUAUCCACAAGUUCAUAAGAUCAUAGGAUUGAUUCACAAGGAUCUUAAGUAAACUAGUUAUACAUUCCCAUGAUGGUUUAGCCCUUAAAUUCUAAGUAGAAAUAAUCCAGACAAGAGCAAAACAUUUAUAUAUGGCUCCUAACCUGGAGGGGCAAGGAUGACAAACCAGGUGUGAUUUUAUGGUUAUCCAUCCAUUCAUCCAAACUAUGUUUGAAUAGUGUAAGAGAAAUACUUUGCUUUAUGUGGAUUUGAAAGCAAUUCCAAAGAAGUGGUUUUCCCUGUGAUAUAUUUCUAUCUUUCCAACAUGUUCUACUUGUGUUACAAAAUAGAUUGAAAUGUUUUUACUGAGUAAUUUGCCCUCAUUGGACUUGCUAAUGUGCAAUAGGUCUGACAGGAUAGUGUUUUUUGAGGCUUCGUAACGAGGCAGAGAUCAUCUCUCAGUAGCCUGUAUGACACUGAGGAGAGGGGCAAGGCUUUGAGACUGUCUGCAUAGUUCCUAUGAUUUAAGCCCUUUUGUUUUCAUAAUAAGAAAGUUCUAUCGAUAUUUAAGUUGUGUCAGAUGUUUGGGCAGCUACAUACUGAAGUGGUGUUAUAUUCAAUGAUCCACCUGAUGAGUGCAGAACACAGUGGAAUAAUCACAAUCCUUGAACUGGACACCAUACUUUUAGUAAUAAUUUGUGAAAUAAAAAGGGACUUUCUUACA